AUGACAAGUCCUCGCAAGUAAGGUGCAGAUGUAGAUUAAACAUCUGAUGACACACCUUCAAUGUGUUUUUCUUUUUAAAUCGGGCUUAUGACUGUUUGACUGCAUCUUUUUUUCAAUAUCUGUUUAAUGCGUCACAUUCCAAAUACACACUUUCCAUGUCCGCAUCAUGGAAUGGAACCUUUAGAGCAUCAAGUAAACUUGCCCUCACCAUCAGUGGAGACCUCUGGUGGCGUGUUGGGAAAUCUUGGAGUUGGGUUGACACUAGGAACCAUGAGUGGUCUCUUUGUAUUUUUCGGUGUCUGGUUGUAUUCCAAGUACCAGGACUACCAGUACUGGAACUGGUAUUACAGGACCGUUUUAACCAGUAAUGCUUGUGCAUAUGAUGACUGGGACCAUGUGACCAAGCAUGGGAUAGGAAAUUGGUUUGAGAACAUGGUGCUGCCCCCUAUGACAAAUCCUGCUUUGUAUUCCACCAUCUUCCCAAGCAGCCAACAGUAUCAACAAACAACCAGAGCAGAUGAUGUGGAAGCCAACAUUGAACCAGUUCAUUAG